GUUAAAUAGUAUGGUGGUGAGGAAGAAAAUGCCUAGACAAAGAUACUCUACUAUAUAGUCCUGUCUUGUUCUACGGAAUAAGGAAAGACCAUGUCACAAACAGUAUAUCCAGUAGCCAUCAUCGGCGGCGGACCUGUCGGCCUCGCGACCUCCAUCUCCCUCUCCUCCCGAGAUAUCCCACACGUACUGUUUGAGCGGUACUACUCCACGUCGAUCCAUCCCAAGGCAGUCGGUCUGAAUCAGCGCAGUGUCGAAUUCUUCCGGUCUCUAGGCAUCGAGGAGGACGUCAAGCGUAUUCGAGCACCGGCGGACUCCUUCCGUAGUACAGCGUGGUACACGAGUUUGGGACCCGAUGGACGUCAGAUCUUCAAGCGAAAUGAAUGUGGUGGUGGCAGAUAUGCCGAGGAGUAUAAACGAGCUAGUCCGUGCGAUUAUACCAUCUUGCCGCAGAUACGACUAGAGCCUAUUCUGCAUAAGCGUGCGAAGGAACUGAAUCCCGAAGGAAUUAUCAAUGGGGCGACAGUCGUGGGAAUUGAAGAGGGUAAUGACGCAGUGAAGUUGCGGGUGCGGUAUGGGAGGAAUCAAAUUGAUGGCGGAGACGAUGAGGGAAAGGAAGAAAGUGUCGAAGCACGAUACGUUGUCGCUGCUGAUGGCGGAAAGAUGGCUGCUGAGGCACUGGGGAUCAAGAUGGAGGGAGAAAGAGAUAUUGUUGACAUGGUGUCAGCUCAUAUCAGAGCUCCUAUUAGUCGAUACCAUCCAGAUCCCGAUGUCCUGAUUUCAUGGUUCAUCGAUCCUAGCCUGGGAGGUAGCAUCAGUACCGGAUUUCUAUACCAUGUUGGCCCGUACCCCAUGGAGCCAAACACGGAAGAAUGGAUGUUCGCCUGCGCUCUGAACCCUAGUGAUCCGCAGAAAUUUGGGACAGAGGACAUGAUCAAGCGGAUACAUCGGACGCUUAAGAUUCCGAAGCUGGAAAUCGAGCUGAAGAGCGUGAGCCACUGGUUCGUGAACUCGAUCGUGGCAGAGAGGUUCAGGAGCAGGGGAGGCAGGGUCUUCCUCGCAGGGGACACUGCUCAUAGGAUCCCUCCAUGGGGUGCUCUAGGUCUAAAUACGGGUUUGCAGGAUGUCCAGAACCUGGCUUGGAAGCUGGCAAUGGCCGUGAAGACUAGCAAAUCUGAGGAAGGGAAAUACGAUGCAUUGUUGAAUUCCUACGAGGAAGAACGCCGACCUAUUGCUCUACGAGUCGCUCACUCCAGUCUGACCAACCUUCGAAACCAUAGUCUAGUCAUGGAUCGUGCUCUGGGAAUACUUCCAGAUGCUGCGCCAGAGGAUAAUAUAAAAUCAGUAGCUGCCUUCUUGGACAAGGCAGACCCAGGAGGAGACAAGCUUCGUGAUGCCGUGGAGAAAGCCCAGGAGAUCCUCGAUACAGAGUUCCAUGCCCCCGGCGCAGAGAUAGGAUGGUUCUAUCCUAGUCUCGACAUAUAUGGAGAAGGCGCAAAGAGUCACCACGGCGGCCAGACUACGGAAAGGGGCGACAUGGUCGUAACGGAGUAUUUCCCGUCCGCUCUUCCAGGCCAUCAUGUGCCUCACGCAUGGCUCAAGCGAGGGGCGAAGCAAAUAUCAACCUGGGAUCUCCUGGAUACCGAGAAAUGCGUCCUCAUCUCCAUGGCAGAGGAGCCCUGGACGGAACUCCACAGCGAUCUGGUGAAGAUCGAGACUAUCGAGCCCACAGCAGACUUGGAUAUGGACAGGGAUUGGUUUCGCCUAUGUGGAAUCGAUUCUUCAGGAGCUGUUCUUGUCCGUCCAGACGGUAUAGUUCUUUGGAGGUGUAAGGACGCUGGGAACGUUUCAGAAAUAGCGUCGUCUGAAAUCUUUGAUGACCUUAUACGGCAUCUUUUGAAGCUUCCUGCCAGGGAAAGACAUGAAGCUUCCAGCAUUUGAGUGCCACGCAUAUAUCACAUGUGUGAUCUCCAAGUGCCUAGGCACUUCCUAUACACUGAGUCAUAGAAUUCCCGUCAUCAGGACGUUCCUAUCGAGGGUGGCGUGUGCCUCCGUCUCGAAAUGCUAGAGACUGUGAUACUUCGAAUACAAGAGGGCGCCACGCGUAACUGGUU